AAUCUAAUUAUCUCGGUCCGCAUUAUCCUUAGCACAAGCAUAAGAUCCUCAACCGAAUUUAGCACAACUGGUCUCAUCAUCUUCAUCAUCUUCAUCAUCAUGGGUUCAGAAACGUUUCUAGAAGUGAUAUUGGCAAUUAUCCUGCCACCUGUUGGGGUCUUCCUCCGCUAUGGCUGUGGAGUGGAGUUCUGGAUUUGUUUGUUGCUGACACUGUUGGGAUAUAUUCCCGGAAUUAUAUAUGCGUUAUAUGUACUGGUCGGAUGAUCAAGCUUUUCUGGAGGUCAAAGAAUAAUAAUAUGGCAAGCGACAUGUGUGGUGUGGGUUAGUUUGGUUAAUGUCACUUUGACUUUGUAAUUCAGGAUCAUAAUUUAGUUUCCUUAUAAAUUUCCUUGUGUUCUCUGUUCUUGUUCUUACUUUUUUUUUUUUCUUUUUUUGUUGAAGCAAUUGCACACUGUAAUUACCUCCACUUAUGCUAAUUGACACUAAUGUAGAAAGUGGAAAGUCU